UGAGGCUUAGGAUCAGCAAGACACAGAGAGAGAAUAGUGGGUUAAGGUUCAUUGUACGUCACUCAUAGGCACUAGGCAGGGGUUAAUAAAGAUGCAGGGAGCAGUUAGAGCCAUUUCUUUUUCUCUUUUUCAUGCUGCACGGGUCUCAUCUUCUGUCAGGACCAUGUCUUCUCUGCUGACUGUCCCUCCACCUCCUGCACUCCUACAGCCCCUGCAUAUCCCCCAGCGUCUCAUGCUGGGUCCCGGACCCUCCAAUGUGCCACCACGGAUACAGCUAGCAGGGGCCCAACAGGUCAUUGGACACAUGCACUCUGAAAUGUUCCAGAUAAUGGACAAUAUUAAGCAGGGCAUACAUUACGCCUUCCAGACGCAGAACACCCUGACAUUGGCCGUGAGUGGUUCCGGACACUGUGCUAUGGAGGCAGCUCUGUUUAAUGUAUUGGAGAAAGGGGAUGUGUUUCUUGUGGCUGUAAAUGGAAUAUGGGGGGAGAGAGCAGCUGAUAUUGCUGAGAGAAUUGGUGCUGAUGUGCAUCGGCUAAUAAAGCCACCUGGUGAGGGCUUCACAUUAAAAGACGUAGAAAAGGCUUUAGCAGAGCACAAGCCCUGUCUGUUCUUUAUCACCCACGGAGAGUCAUCCAGCGGAGUGGUGCAACCCUUGGAUGGUAUAGGAGAGCUGUGUCACCGAUACAACUGCCUCCUUCUGGUAGACUCUGUGGCAUCUUUAGGAGGGGCUCCCAUAUAUAUGGACAAGCAGGGGAUUGACAUCUUAUAUUCUGGGUCUCAGAAAGUAUUAAAUGCACCACCAGGCACCGCACCAAUCUCCUUUAGUGAAGCAGCAAGUAAGAAGAUUUUCAACCGAAAGACAAAGCCACCUUCAUUGUAUGUGGACCUGACCUGGCUGGCAAACUACUGGGGCUGUGAUGGGAAACCAAGAAUAUAUCACCACACAGGACCAGUGACCAACUUCUUCACUUUGAGAGAAGGGCUUGCAAUGCUGGCUGAGCAGGGGUUGGAGCGUUCUUGGGAACUACAUCGUGAGAAUGCUUUAAGAUUGCACAAAGGACUGGAAGCUUUGGGACUGAAGCUCUUUGUGAAAGAUCCAGCAUUGAGACUCCCCACUGUCACAACAAUAUGUGUGCCAGCUGGAUAUGACUGGAAGGAUAUCACAACAUAUAUCAUGAAGAAUUACAGCAUUGAAAUAACAGGGGGAUUGGGACCCUCUACUGGAAAGGUUCUCCGUAUUGGGCUAAUGGGAUACAAUUCAACCAAAACCAAUGUGGAUCGCGUUUUAGAGGCUCUACGUAACGCUCUGCAGCACUGCCCCAAGAACAAAAUGUGAAAGUCACAUUCUUUCUAGAAAUAUAGUCACACGCCCAAUGAGUAAAAUUAACAUCUUUUUUUCUGGAUCAUCUCUUAUCAUUUAUAUAUCUUUUUAUCUCACCGUCAUUUUUGCAGCUGUAAUGAAAAUAAAGAAAAUUCUGAUCAUUUGUA